GAAGUGUGGGCUGUGGAAAGUGUGGAUUGUGGAACGCCAUUUUGCUUGGUUGGCUAAUGCUUCUGCUUACGAAAGAUAAAAAUUAAUUGAAGCUUGCAGCAGCAGAAAAAUCUUUUUUUUAGUACAAUAUUCAUAAUGAUCUAAAUAUUAAGUGUGUGUGGUUAAUUUUCAUUGUUAUCUAAGUUGUUUAUUUUAGAGGAAAAAAUUUUAUCACCAUGUCUGCUCACGAGCAAAUGAGGGCAAUGUUGGAUCAAUUAAUGGGAACAUCACGCAAUGGGGAAACUGACAAACAUGGUGUGAAGUUCUAUGAUGAUUCUGUAUGCAAAUCCUUUUUACUCCAGUGCUGCCCUCACGAAAUUUUAUCAUCAACGCGCAUGGACUUAGGUGAGUGUCCAAAAAUACAUGACUUGGCUCUCCGUGCCGACUAUGAGCUUGCCUCCAAAACCAAAGACUACUACUAUGAUAUUGAUGCCACAGAACAUUUAGAGGCUUUCAUACAAGACUGCGACCGUCGUACGACUGCAGCGAAACAACGUUUAGCUGAAACACAAGAGGAAUUGUCGGCAGAGGUGACUGAAAAGGCCAAUUCUGUCCAUGAAUUGGCCGAGCAGAUUGGUCAGAAGUUGGCCAGGGCUGAAGCUCUCGGAGAGGAAGGAAUGGUUGAAGAAAGUGUCAAAUUAAUGGGAGAGAUUGACGAGUUGCGUAAACGCAAAGCAGUUGCUGAGCAAGAGUAUCGCAAUUCGAUGCCAGCGUCGUCUUACCAACAACAGAAGUUGCGUGUGUGCGAAGUUUGCUCCGCGUAUCUCGGUAUCCAUGACAACGACCGACGACUCGCCGACCAUUUUGGCGGCAAAUUGCAUCUGGGAUUUAUUACCAUUCGGGAGAAGCUUGCAGAGUUAAAAAAAACGGUGGAAAAGCGUCGCGAAGAUCGUGGAGCGGAGCGUGAGCGUAGUAGCGGUGGGAGAAGACAUUACGUGGGAGGGAGGGAGUUGGAUCGACGUGCGCGCAGACAUAGGGAGGUGCCACGGGAGAGGAAGGAUGACCGUGAACGCACUGAUCGUGACCGCGGUGACCGUGAACGUGAUCGUGGGCGUGACCGCGAAAGAGAACGAGAGAAGAAACGCUCCAGAUCUCGCAGUAAGACCAGACGCGAAUCGCGAGAGAAGUCUCGCGGUCGGGAUCGAGACGCCCGUCGCAGUCGCUCGUAUCGCUCCACUUCGCGUGAAAGGCGGAGGGAAUAAACUAUAUAAAUAGGUUUAUAUCAAUUAUUUAAGUUGCUCCAUUUAGUGGUAACAGAAAUACAGUGUAAACUCUAUAUAGAGUUGCCGUUGUAGGGACAAGUUAACUGUAUGCACAGGGUGAAUAACCAAAGUAGAGUAAAGGUUUUAGGGAGUUUGACGUUACAUAGAGUUUGCACUGUAACUGUGUAACAGUUAUUUUGUAGCUGACUUUGUAAACAAUGAUGGCAAGUAGAUUUUUAUGAUUUUUAUCACAGUGCGCAAAUACCCUUAAUAUAAAUGACAAUAUGCUUCAAUACAAUGACCUGUAUUUUGGCUUAAACUUAUUUAAGCAUUAUUAAACGCUUCAUUGAGAAUAAAUAUAUACUUAUUUCAGACAUUUUACACUAGGGAUAUUGUCAUAGAAUACACAAAGACCUUGACAUCCUGCCACAAAUGGUUCAGAUAUUCAUCAUCAGAUAUCAGAAGCC